GUGCCUAGUAAGGAGCACGCAAGUCCCCCCCCUUCCAAACCAAGCGUGGAGGCGGGAAACGCCGCUACUGCUCUUACGGCUGCUAACGCCUUUGCCUGGAAGGCACGCUUUGCAUCACAAGCGAAAGGUGUGCGUGUAUGCAUGUACGCGCCAGCGAGCGAGCGAGUGUGCGUGAGGCGGCUGAAGCAGGAAGAGGGACGCUGCGGGAGCGAGCGGGCGAGGGAGGAGGGUUCCUCCAGAAUCUAGCAUGCAUGGCUGGGGACUCCGUCAAGAUGCAGCCCCUGUGCGACAGGGCCGACUCCCUCCUCAUCAGUAACAGCUCUGCUGGCGCCAGAGACCGGGAGCAGCAAGUGCAGCUGCGACAGAAGCUGAGAGAGUUGCCGGCGCUGCUCCGAAGCGGACUCACGCUGCGGAGGAAGAGCUCAGUUGCUGGGGCCCGGAUAACGAGAAGAAUUUCCAAUCCGUAUCUGGACAAUUCUCCAGGCAAGAUUUAUGGAGAGGGUGCUUCGUGCGCUGGGAGAGCUCUCAGAAAUGUUUUAAUUCUACAAGCUUCUGAUCUGAUGAAAGACAGAAUGUCUCUAAUGGGACUUUGCAGGAGAAGCUGCAUUGGAUCAGAACUUGUAGACUGGCUUUUAAAGCACUGUCCUUUCAUAAAGAGCAGAUCUAUAGCAGCUGGUAUCUGGCAGCUUCUGUUGAAUAUGAGAAUUGUAUUAUCAGUGGAUAAACAGAUUUAUUUUCAAGACAAAUAUGCUUUCUACCAAUUCUCAGCUGAUGAGUGUACAUAUCUCUUCUGUGAAUAUGAAGGAGAUGAUGGAUGGAAAAAUGGCGUGAAACUUUUACUGCAGCUAGUGCCUGUUAUUCCUCCAAGGAUUAAUACAUGUAAUCUGAGCAACAGAAAAAUAGAAGACACAACUGAGACCAAUGCUGAAAUUCUUGCUCGCCUCACCUCUGUGGUGCAGAGAGAAUUGGCUGCUGUUCUUGCUAUGAAGGCAAGAAAAUCAGCAAUGAGUCAGAAUGGUGAAAACAGCACUGAUGAAGAAGCAGCAGCUCAAGAAGAUCUGAAGGAUAUCUAUGAUGCACAGGCAGGAGUUAUGUGCAAACUUCAAGAACGAGAUGAUAUUGGGCGUCUUGAACUUGUCCAGAAACUAGCAAGAGAAAACUGUCAUCUUCUACAUGCAGAUAAAAAAGAGCAAGAGAAGACAGAUCAGCUGGAUGAUGAAGUGACUACUAUUCAAGUGAAGGAAGUGGACCAAGAUGUGCUGGUGCUUAGGAAAGUGUCGUCACAUAGCCCAGCCCCCACAUCAGGGAGUGCCGAGAGUGAUUGGAGAUAUGUGGUGGUAUCCGGGACACCAGAAAAGAUUUUGGAGCAUCUCCUGAAUGACUUGCAACUGGAAGAAGUACAAGACAAAGAGACAGAAACUCUCCUGGAUGACUUCCUUCUCACAUACACAGUUUUCAUGACAACAGAUGAUUUGUGUCAAGCUCUGCUCAGGCAUUAUUGUGCUAAAAACCAUCAAGGCAAGGAAGAAAUUCUAGAUGUUUCCUGCAGAAAACGAAAAGUAUUACAUUUGGUGUCCCAGUGGACUUCACUUUACAAAAACUGGUUACAUGAGGAUGAGCAUUUAAAGCAAUUUCUAAAGACAAUAUAUAGGAAUGUAUUGGAUGAUGUGUAUGAAUAUCCUCUACUUGAGAAAGACCUGAAAGAAUUUCAAAAAUUACUUGGAAUGCAUCGUCGUCACACUGUAGAUGAAUAUUCACCUCACAGAAAGCAUAAAGCCAUUUUACAUCAGUUCAGUCUUAAGGAGAACUGGCUCCAGAAUAGAGGAACUGUGAAUGAAAUGGAGGAAGUUUUUUGUCGUGUGUAUAUAACAGAACAUUCUUAUGUCAGUGUAAAAACUAAAGUAUCCACUUCAGCCCAGGAGAUCUUGAAAAUUGUAGCAGAAAAGCUCCAACAUUCACAAGAAGACUUGGCUCUGGUGGCUCUUUCAUUCUCUGGGGAAAAGCAUGAAUUGCAACCAAAUGACCCGGCAGUCCCCAAAUCCCUUGAGACCUCUACUCGUAUGUUUGUAUUUCGAAAGGAUUUGACUGAUACUCUGAACCCUUUUGCUGAAAAUGAGGAAACCCAGCAACGGUCAGUGAGAAUUCUGGGAAUUAACACUUGGGACCUUGCUUUGGAAUUAACAAAUUUUGACUGGAGUCUUUUCAACUUGGUUCAUGAGCAAGAGCUGAUAUACUUCACCUUCAGCAGAAAGAGCAGCGGGGAAAACACUGUGAAUCUUAGUCUUCUACUUCAAAGAUGCAAUGAAGUUCAACUCUGGGUUGCCACAGAAAUACUUCUCUGCAACCAGCUCUGUAAACGUGUACAGUUAGUGAAAAAGUUCAUUAAGAUUGCUGCUCACUGUAAAGCCCAAAGAAAUCUGAAUUCAUUCUUUGCCAUUGUUAUGGGUCUCAACACUGCUUCUGUCAGCCGACUUUCUCAGACCUGGGAGAGAAUACCUGGAAAGUUUAAGAAGCUCUUCACUGAACUUGAAAGUUUGACAGACCCUUCCCUGAACCACAAAGCCUACAGAGAUGCAUUCAAGAAAAUGAAGUCACCGAAAAUCCCCUUCAUGCCUUUACUCCUUAAAGAUGUAACAUUUAUACAUGAAGGAAAUAAAACCUUUCUGGAUAACCUUGUUAACUUUGAAAAACUGCACAUGAUUGCAGACACAGUCCGGUCAUUGAGGCACUGCAGGCAGAACCAGUUUGGAAAUGAAGUGCCCCCAAAAGAGCAUCCAGAGCUGAAGUCCUAUGUCCAUCACCUGCACAUCAUUGAUAACCAGCAGAUGUUGUUUGAGCUUUCUCAUAGGAUAGAGCCUCGUGUGUGAGUUUGUGCAGAUUCACAUACCUACAGCACUUUCAAUUAAGUGAAUGUUUAUGCCAAGCAUGUUGCUUCCCUAGGAGAGAGGCAAAUACUGAGUUUUAUCAGUAGCUGAUGCCAUAACAUACGCAGCCAUCUCAUGCAAAGCAAGAAGAGGAGGUGUUCACAGCAGCCUUCCAGGAUGAGAGAAAUGCCAUAUCCAUUCAACUAUGGAACAGGAAACAGAGGAAACAGCAUUCUUCAUAUUCAAAAACUUGAUUUCUUUGAAAAUAAAUUUUGGUCCAGAGAAUUUUUCAAUUCAGAUUUUGUCAGUGUUGAAGUGAAAAAAAGAAAAUAUAUUGUAUCACUAUGAAGGAAUCUUUUAGCAAGCAGUAAGGUGUGAGAAAGGCACUCAUAAUUUGUCACACAGGGAUGUGCCUCGCUAAUCGUCAGCUGCCAAAAGCGUUGUUUCUUGCCAAAAAGAAAAAAGAGAAAGGGAGAAGUACUGAGCAAGCUUUCCUGGAAUACAUAGCAACCAUUGCUGCAUAAGCAUAAAGAAAGACAACUUUACAGGACAGUAUACAAACAGAAUUCAAACAAAUUGUAAAAUUGAACAAGCAGCAGGCGAAGCUUCAUUUUAGCCCCCUUACACUUCAGAAUGUGUUCUAUAGCAUAAAGCAAAAUUUCACAUUAUUAAUAGUUUAUGGUAACAACAAGUGCAGUACUUCCACACUGGAGUGAGCAGUAGAGUGCACAGUGCUUUGGAUGUUUCUCUUGGUUAACAUUUUUUAAAUUUUAGAACCACCUCUGUUUUCUGUUCCUUUUCUAGUUCUUCUAAUCUAGAUCAAGUUCAAGAACUGACAUGCUCACAGCUUAUUACAAAAGAAGGCAGUGUGCUUUACUCCUUGAUUUCUGUGUCAUAAGAUAGGUAUAAUGUUCCCUCUAAGCAGUGGUUAAAUAGAUAUGGAAGAAUCUGUGAGAGGAUAACUGCAGUUUACAACCAGCAGCUUCCAAUAUGGAGAAAGACCACAAUCACUCUGAGGUUUAAUGUCACAAAAGCAAAAACAUCAUACCUUGGUACUGGAGGAAUGUUCUGGAAUGUUGGCCAAGGGUGUGUGUAUACCGCCAGUGAAAAUUUUGCUAAUUAAAACUAUUUGCCAGAAGAAA